UGCACUCCCUCGUGGCGGUCGCAGCAGAACCAGAUGAUUGACCUGACCGAUUGACCUUGCCUGCAGUGUGACCUUCACCCUGUGACCUUUGGUACAGAAUUAGGUGUCAGCUGCACUACAUUUCAUCAUCACACAUACAUGACAUAGGCCUAUGUGAUAUGUGAUUAUUUAUGAUACGUUGUGUACACAUACUACUAGUCUACUACUAGACCACUUUCAAAUAUUUUGGUAAUGAUUGAUUCCAGUUAACCCCUUGCCAAGAUGGUAGGAUUUGAUCCCAGUGAUGCUGAGCCACUGACGGACUAUGAAUAUGUGACUGCUGGUGCUGUGAGUGGGGUCAUGACAAGGGCCGUAUGUCAACCCCUGGAUGUUGUCAAAGUUCGCUUUCAACUCCAAGUGGAACCAAUAAAGAAGACGAGUGUCUCCAAGUAUUACAGCAUUCGACAAGCAUUUAUGUCCAUAGUUCAUGAGGAAAGAGCCCAGGCAUUGUGGAAGGGCCAUAUUCCUGCUCAAGCAUUAUCUGUGGUGUUCGGUUUCGUUCAGUUUGGGUCAUUUGAGGUGCUAACCAAAAAGGUGUGGGUGCAUCUUCCUGACCAGAUUAGUUUACGCUACCAACCUGCCUCUCAUUUCAUCUGCGGUGGCCUGUCUGGUUGCAUUGCUUCACUUGCCUCUCAACCUUUAGAUGUACUCAGGACAAGACUAGUUGCUCAGGGAGAACCAAAGGUUUAUACCUCCUUACACAAUGCCUGUUUGUCAAUGUACAAUAGGGAAGGUGCCAGGAGCUUCUUCAAAGGUCUCACCCCUACUCUGUUCCAAGUGGCUCCUCAGACUGGUCUCCAAUUUGCCUUUUAUGCCUUUUUCACAAAAGGAUGGAAAGUUAUAUUCAAGCAUGACGACAGUAAAAAGAAAAGAAUAGGUGGCUUUCAAAGCCUUAUCUGUGGUUCAGUGGCUGGUAUAUGUUCCAAAGCAGUGGUGUACCCAUUGGAUUUGACAAAAAAACGGCUUCAGGUGCAAGGAUUUGAGGAAGCAAGGAAACAAUUUGGAGAGGUGCCCAUUUAUCGUGGACUGUUUAACUGUCUAGUGAUGAUUGUCAAAGACGAGGGUGCCAGGGGACUAUACAAAGGCAUCUGGCCAAGCAUUCUUAAAGCUGCGUUAUCAGUGGGCAUUACUUUUUAUACGUAUGAACAGUGCUGUAACAUUUUACGAAACAUUCGUAUAUAAUAAGGCCGUCCAUGUGGUGCAUCCGAAAAUAGCUAUUCCUGCAGAUAAUUUUUGUCACCACGUGAAUUGCCUAAAAAAAUUGGUGACAAAACUAAGGUAACAAUACUUGAUUGGAUUGCUUAGUACUCAGCAUGGUGCCAAUUGUAUCAAGCACAUAAUCUUGUACGAUUGUGUGAUAUUUGUGUAUGCAGCUGCAAUAUUGUUUGUUUCUUUGCUAAUACUUCCAAACAGUUUUAGGUGUAUUAUUCUGCUUCAGAUUUUUUACCUGGAUCUGUAGUUGCAUUUUAAUAGUACACCGUCAAUGUGCAAUGUUUUCGAAUGCCUUGAAUUGAGCAAUGUUUGAUAUGAAAAAACAAAAACUCUUCUACCUUUUUGGGCAAAUUUUUUUAAAGGAGCCUAUUUUAGGUUGAUUAGCAGAUGCUAAUGAAGAGUUCUCAAUGUGUUCAUAGUGUUAGUGUAAUCUUUAAAUUCCAUGGCUAAGUCUUGACUUUGUAGGCAUAUGUUGCCGUUGGCUGUUUGAUCAACUUGGUAUACAGGGUUACGAUGUGCUCAUUUUCCAGCUUUGAAGGUAAGUUAUAACAGUACUGGGGGGGUAGCAAUUGAGUGGUACAUUUAAAGGCUAAUUUCAGAAAAACAUUGGCCUCAGGAGCCCCAUGCUGACUGUCAGUGUUCUUGGUCGUUUCGGGAUAACACCAUUUAACUUUUAUCUUAGGGAAUACAUGUAUCUAUUUAUUCAAGUACUGGAUACUUCUCCAGCUGAAAUACAUUCCAAGACUUGUGCGAAUUCGUACCAUGUGAUAAUACAAUGUUUUGCUGAAAGGGAGACUAUAAGUAGGAGCUAGGUAGGCCAGGUUUACACGACAAAGUAGCCAGUUGGGAUCACCUAUCUCACACUACACUGAAACUAUUCACGCUUGUAUGAGGAAUAUCUAUUAAUCACUAAAUCAAACACAACCCCCUAAAUGUUCAUAUUUGUCACCUAAAGAGCUCCCCAUGGACCCCCUAGUUCAUAUCUUUAGUCACCCUUAUAAGUGGUAUAUGCAAUCUGAUUGUUAUCAUGGAGACCAAAAGUACAGUCUGUUUUGAAAAAACUUGUGAUUUUUGGGAACUACAUGUAUCAUCAUGAUGGUUGUCAAGGGUAAUUAUAUUGCUUUUAUAUUUCACUAUGACUAGAAUGUUGUAAAUAAGAUUGUAUAAAACUUGUAAUAAAGUGAUGUACAGCUCA